AUGGCAGUUGUGCCUCACAUUUGGAGCUUUUUGAAGUAUGACCCAGACACGCUCUAUGCGACAUUCGGUCAAGAAGCUCCAGUCUUGAUGCCCGUUGAGCAGCCCGGGAAGCUUGCCCCAAGCAGAUUCUCAGCAACCGAUGAGAGGAGCAAGUACGUGUUUGACAUAUUCACAGGCGUCAUGACAUAUGACUCCUAUCAGCUUUUCCAACUUGAUGUGAAGACCGGGGCCCUUAAGCUGGAUCCGGCAGAAGAGCUGGCAGAGCUGGAAAUUGGUCCAACUCGGGCAUCGCUUACAGCGCAGUUCGUCAUUUAUGCUCUUUACGAGUGGCCUCCACUGCAGACUGGCCCUGUCCUCUCCUACACAAUCUCCAUCGAAGCUCGUGACACCAACUGUUGGAUACGACAAACCCACAGGUUUAAACAAGAGGAAUUGGUCGAGUCAGGUGGUACGGAAAUCCGGUGCCGACGCCUUUGUGCAAGGGAUUUCUUUUGCACUCACUACCGGCACACCUCAUCGCUUGAUUGCAUUAAAUACUCCCAGCUGUGUGCUCUUUCAGAGACUACUUGCUUGGAUGCGGUCGAAGUCUAUACCAAGUACUCCGGCUGCGCAGAGCGGACGAGCUGCUUGGAGAUGAAGAUCACCAAUGCUGCCUUUCUCUCGGGAGAGUUCUGCCCCGCUGGUGAGAGUUCAGAUGGUGAGAAUGGCCAGGUCUUCUUGAAGGAAGGGCGCACGCAGCAGGAUUCCUUCUGGCUCGUUUUCGGUGAGGAAGACAACGCGUCGGAUCCGCAAAAUGAUUACUUGAACGACACGUCUUCUUACGUCGAGCUCUACGGAGCAGGAGCCGCGUGCUUGAAACCGAUGGUAGAUGAGAACAGCUGGAACCUUGUCACAGACGCCUUUGACAACUCCCCUUUGGACAUCCGUGUCGCAACAACAUCCAAUGAGCUGCAGGGUCAGGCAUCAGUGCUCAUUCCAUCCUGCGGUCCACCGAAUGUGACGCAAUCUGAGACUGUCGAGGGGAAACUGGAGGAAUCAGAGGUGGUGUCGGCAUUGAUCCUGGAUGACCCGGGAACUCCUGUAGUGGAUGAUUAUUGGCUACAUCCUUGUCAGUGUAUUCCACCAGCAUGGGGCCAAGAGGAACCUGUCACAGCAGAAGCUUUGGAGGAUGUGCCGGCUGGAAGUCUUGGUGCAGGUUUUCUGCCGAGGCCCUACGAG